GGGGCCAUGAACGGGCUGAAGGGCUGGUGCGCGGUGCUGGACGUGCGGCCCCACGGCGAGAGCCCGGAGAGCGUGAAGGUGCUGCGGCUGACUCUGCCGAAUGACCUCCCAGGUGACAGGCGCGAGCAAGUGAAGCAGAAGCCGGUGGGAAAAGCCUUCGCCAUGGUGGCCAACAGAUCCAGCAACAGUCACUCCCUGGCCUCUGAAUGCAUCAAAUCCAAUGAUGGCGAUGAGGAGAUCAUCAAGGUUUAUCUCAAGGCACGGGCCGAGGGCAGCAUUAACCACGAGGAGCACGUCAACCAGCUGAAAAGUGAAGUUCGUUACAUUCAAGAGGCUAGAAGUUCUUUGAAGAAGCUGCGGGAAGACUUAAGUAGUAAACUUGAGAACAGACAAGGAGAUAAACAGCAUGCACAGGUUGUGCUAGAAAAGCAAAACGGGAGCUGGCUGUACCCGGAGAUGCUCCACGCUGAUUCCUGGGAGGACCAGGAGGAGGACUGCUCAAGUGAAGACGUGGAAAAGAUCCGACAGACGGCAAAGAGGCUGUUCACGAAGCUGCAGGAGGUUGAAAAGCGCCACCAGUUGGAAAGGAAAACCUUUGAGAGGACGGUGUCACAGUACCAGGAGGAAGCGGAGCAGACAAGCUCUGCCCUGCGGAGAGCAGAGAAGAGUGUGCUGGAGAAGGAGGUGCAGGUGGAUGAGCUGCAGAGACUCCUGGCAGGGAUGGAGAAGGAACACCGGAGUUUGCUGCUGAAGAUGAAAGAAGGAGAAGCAGAGCUGGCGAGGCUGAGAAGCGUGGAAGGUGACAAGCUUGCUGAACAAGACCGGUCUGCUCAGCUGGAGAAGGAGGUGGCCAUGCUACGGGAGAAGAUACAUCAUCUGGAUGACAUGCUGAAAAGCCAGCAACGCAAAGUCCGCCAGAUGAUCGAGCAGCUCCAGAACUCCAAGACGGUGAUUCAGGCCAAAGAUGCCGUGAUCCAGGAGCUCAAGGAGAAAGUCGCUUACUUGGAGGCUGAGAACCUGGAGAUGCAUGACCGCAUAGAGCACUUGAUUGAGAAGCAAGUCAGUCGGGGCGGCCACAGCUCCAGAGCGCGCUCGAAGUCGGAGUAUGUGAGCAGCAAAAGGCUGACGGGCCCCAAGCCGCUCCCUCUCAUUCGAGUAGUGGAAACAUGAGUUUCGAGGGCCGGUCUGAGCUGAAGACUCUCCCCUUGUUAUCGUUGACUGGAUUUCCCUGCUUGACUGCCAUCCUCUGGCCUCUGUGCUCCCGGAGUCUCCCCGGAGUUGUUGGCGGAGGGCUGUGCCCUGGAGAACUGGCAGCCGAGGACAGACAUAGCCGGGGUGGUCCUGGCAGAGGAAGGAGGUUUGUGAAGCGUCCACAUUGCUGUCCCCACUGGGUCCCAAGGUCACAUGGAUGCCAGUUUGGAGGCUGGGACCAGCUGGCCCUGGCAUGGACAAGGUGGCUCUCUGGCUGGAGAGCCAGGUUCGCUUUCCCUGGUCAGUCCUGCGUUUGCUGGGGUUGUUCUGCAAGAGCAGCCUUCGCUUCUGAAGGGCCUCAUCUGA